UUCUGUGCCAGAUUUUGGGAAUUUGGAGCAAACAAGGACCUUGGUUGCAUCACUGGAAGCAGGCUUGAGAUUUUCCAAUUGUGUGUCUGCCACAAUGCCAAUCCUUGUCCAAUUAAUGGCCUCAUCUUCUGCCACAGAUGUGGAGAACACAAUUCUUCUACUGAUGAGAUGCAGACAGUUCCAAAUAGAUGGUUCAGAAGCCUGCCUCCGGAAAAUGUUGCCACUGGUAUUUUCACAAGACAAAUCUAUUUAUGAAGCUGUUGAGAAUGCUUUCAUUACAAUAUAUGUAAGGAAGAACCCAGAGGAAACUGCUAAGAAUCUCUCGAAUCUUGCUAUAGAUUCAAAUAUUGGAGAUCUUGCUUCGUUGGAGUUCCUAAUUGGAGCCUUAAUGUCCAAGGGCGACUUAACGAGUAGCACAGUAUGUAAUCUAUAAAACCAUUCCAACAUUUUUUUCUUCUGAAUUGCUAAAUAAGAAAUCUAGAGAGGCGUGACUGCA